UCUAAUUAAGUAUCUAAAUAAUCCUUAAUCCAAUAAUUACUCCCAUUUCCAUCACACUUGUACAACACACAUUAGCUGUAGCAUCUUCAUAUAAAUUCUCCCUUCUUUCACUCCCUUCUUUCUUUCUCUCUCUAAAAGUCCAAUCCCUUUCUUUCUCUCUCCUAAAUUCUCUCUUCCUCCUCUUUUCACUAGCAUAAUCAAUUUCAUUUUUUGUUCUAACGCCGGCAAACAACAAAACGACGUCGUUGUUGUCGCCGCCGUAAUGAACCCUCAUAAUUACUCGAACCUACCCAAAAUCGAAUCGGACACUACACAGCCGCAGCAUCGAGGUGUUCCGUUUCACCGCCGGGCACUUUCCGACACCACUUUCCGAUUUUCCGGCUAUGAAGAUGAUGAUUUUCUCUUCGACAUUGAGAAUUUCAACCUCUCUUCUCUAGACAUCCCGCCUUCGCCUCAAGGCGGUGUUGCUGCUGGUGGUAGUGCUCUUCCGAUGGCCGUUGAUUCGUCGAAGUCUGACGAAUCAAGCGGCGAUAAUCGGUCUUCUUCUACCUCUUCUAGGGCUGCUAACCAGCCCCCUGUAGCUCCGCACCUUCGGAGUUUGUCUGUUGAUGCUGAUUUCUUUGAUGGGUUGUCGUUCGGUGGUGUUGGUGGUGGCGGCGGCGGUGGUGAUAGGAGGUUUAGUAGUGAGGGUGGUGGGAAUGGUGAGAGGAAAGUCGGGAUGCAUCGAAGAACGAGUUCGAUGGAUGGUGCUUCGAGUUCGAUGAUGUUUGAAGGUGAGUCUAUGAUGGUGGAUGGAAUCAAGAAGGCUAUGCCUCCUGAGAGACUUGCUGAGCUUGCUCUGAUUGACCCUAAGCGCGCUAAACGGAUUCUUGCAAACAGACAAUCUGCAGCAAGAUCGAAGGAAAGAAAAAUAAGAUACACUGGUGAGUUGGAGAGGAGGGUACAAACGCUGCAGACAGAAGCAACUACCCUCUCUGCACAAGUUACAUUGAUGCAGAGAGAUACUUCAGGAUUGAAUGUCGAGAACAAGGAACUAAAAUUGCGUCUGCAGGCUUUGGAGCAACAGGCGCAACUGAGAGAUGCUCUAAAUGAAGCAUUGAGGGCAGAAGUUCAGAGACUGAGGAUAGCAACUGGGCAAAAUCUAUCAGGCAUCAACCUUUCUGCUGGCAGGGGGCGGUAUGCUCAAUUCCCGACACAUUUGCAGAAUGCACCAUCCUUUGGUGGCCAGCAGAACCAGCAGCAGCAAGCUCAGAUACUCCAGCAGCAAGCCCAGAUACUCCAGCAGCAGCAACAACAGCAGCAGCAGCAGCAGCAGCAGCAGUUCCAAAUGCCUGAUCAGGCAGCUGGCAACAACCUGAGUGCUCAUAAGGAUCUGAAGCCGAACUUCAUGGAAUUCAAUCACAAGGGUUAAGGUGAUUCAUGAAGCUUUGACUUUCUUCUAGAAAGUUGAUCUUGCUGUAAAUAUAAUUGUUGUUGACCAACAUUUUCUGUACUUGUAGUUUGUCAUAGACCCACAGUUUCAAUACUCGUAGAGUCGUAGUCUGUUGUAGACCCACAUUUCGUUGUUGUAAAAUUGCUUAAAAAUUUAUUUUAGAUGAACCACAGUUAGAAAUU